UCUGGGACGGAAGGGGAACGAAAGAACGCGCCUCCUUCCCACGCUGCGCCGCUGCCCCCGGCGGCCAGUUGAUUCUGUUGUUUGCGGGGCCGCGGGCUGAGCUUUGCCGUUCUUCUGCGUUCGUGGUUUUGCGUUCUUUUAAAAUCGUUGUUAGGCAUUGUUCCGUUCUGUGAAACGUUAGAGGAAAGAGUAAUUUGAUAAUCUUCAUCGCUUAUUUUAUAUGAUUUUCCUUCCCUAUGGAUAUUAUGCAAAACGUAGAUUGGAGCGGCAGUUCCACUACCUUUCUGCGUGCGUCGGUUUGCGCUUGUUAGUGCCCUGCUGGCCUAGCCGUGAGCCGUGGCAAACCUGGGAGGUGAGGAGGUCCUGGCCAUCGAGUGUCGCUUAUAAAAUGCAUAAGUGCUAGAGGGCUCCAGAAAUACCAUAGCUGUAAACCGAGCGGGGGAUUUCAAGCAACGAAGUGGUGGUGUCUCCUCUCCCAGCGUUGCUAGGAGGGAGGGCUGGGCCUUACUGUGGGCGGAAAAAGACUUCAGGACAACUGGUAAAUUCAGCACAGGUUUGGUGGCUGUGAGGAUAUUCUGAACUCAAGCAGAAAGUGUUUGGAGUGAAGGGCAUUCCAGGAGCGGCAGCAGCACGACUUGAAAACUGUUUUAAGGGUAGAUGAAGGAAUCUGUUCUGGGUCUUGCUUCAGUUCGAUUUGCUGAUGAAACAAUUAUGUAUGCUUGGGCUAUGCACGACCCUCUUCUCCUAAAGCUAUGAUUUAUUAUCAGAUUUAAUUCAAAUAAUCGACUCCAAAUUACAGAUAGUCACUAUUCAGUUUGAACUUGGUUUAUAUGGGCUUACUGGCAUAGGCAGGAAUCAAUUUAACCUAAGUUAUUCUGCUGAAUUUACUUGAUUAAAGCAAGAACAAGGUUUAGAAGUAGCUUGGCUAAACUGAUUUGAAUUGAUUCCAGACCUUUUUGAUAGUAACUGGUUUCUUAAAUGAAGAAAGUUUCACAACAUGGAGUUCAAAUUGAGGAGAGAUUGUAAACAAUAGUUAACGAGCUAUUACAUUUUGAAUACAGGAAAAAGUGAUCUGAGGGCUAGUUUGUUUUCAUGUGGUUUUUCACUCAUGACAAAGGGACAGUAGAGAGUGCAGGACUCCUGGAAUUUGUCAGCUCUCUUACUUGAAAUGUAGAUAAUGCUUCUUUGUUUGCUCUGCUUCCCUGGCUUUUUUUUUUUUUUCCUAGGUGCUCUCUUAUGUAGAAAGCUUUGCUCAUCCCAACUGCCCUGAACAAAAGACUAAGAACCUACCUGCCUGUCUGAAGGAAGUGCCUGAAGGAAGGCACUAAAGCUCUUUCUUAAGCAGAGAUCAUCAGUGCCAACAACAUGGAGGAUGUUGACAGCUUGCAGUUUUGUCAGCUGCUCCUGCUCAUUGAUGAAAAACUGGGGGCUGAGGAUGUAGCAGCAUUAAAAUUUCUCUGUACUGACUUGAUCCCCUUCAGAAAACUGGAAAGCGUGCAGUCAGCAAUGGACAUUUUUCAGCUUCUUAUGGAUGAAGAUUAUCUGAAUGAGAAAGAUACUUUCCUGCUAGCUGAACUGUUAUACAGAAUUAAAUACCACUCCCUGCUCAGUCUCCUGGGUUAUACCAAGGAGAAAGUGCAAGCAUGUCUGCGUGAGAAGGGAAAAGUGUCUGUGUACAGGCAGAUGCUGUAUGAAUUGUCAGAGAACAUUACCAAUGAGAUGUUGCAGGAAAUUGUAUUCCUCCUGAGAAACCAUCUUCCAAAGCGACACAGAACUAUUUCUGCUUUGGAGUUGCUGAUUUUAUUGGAAAAACAGGGUCUUUUAACUGAAAACAAUGUGCAGACACUGGAGGAAGUCUUGAGAAAUGUUUCACCUGAUCUCCUGGAAACAGUGAACUGCUACAGAAUGGCAAAUGUGUCUCUGUCUGAGCAGGAGAAUGCUCUUCCAGUCAAGGAAUCUUCACCAUCUUACGCUGUAGGCAUCAGAGUUUUCAAUUCCCCUCAGGAGACCUCAAUCAAAUUUGUCAGUUCCAAUAUCCAUGAUCAUUAUGUUGAAGAACCUGGGAGCCCAUGGGAAUAUGCUGGAAAUGUGAGCUCUGUACCUGGCAGGCAAGAUAACAGAGUGCCUAAUCUUACACAAGUCUUCUCUGAAACAAACCUGCAGCUGUCUGGAGGAUUCAGUGGUGUAGAAAAUGAAUCCAAGGUGUCAACUUACAAAAUGGAUGGGCCACAGAGAGGAAUUUGUCUUGUUAUUAAUAAUGUUAAAUUUGAUGGGAUUCUUCAAGAGAGAAAGGGUUCUUAUAAAGAUGCCUGGGAACUGGAGAAAGUAUUCAAAUGGCUUGGUCUGGAUGUGAGGACUUACACAGAUCAGACAUCUGAUCAGAUUAAAGAACUGAUGCAAGCAUGGCAGCGUUCAGAAUACCACAAGGAUAGGGACUGUUUUGUUUGUUGCAUUCUGUCUCAUGGAGAGUCAGGAGCAGUCUAUGGGAAAGAUGGAAAGCUUGUAUCAAUCCGCACUAUCAUGACCUACUUCACUGCCAAACAAUGUCCACAGUUGACUGAAAAACCCAAACUAUUCUUUAUCCAAGCAUGCCAGGGUAAAGAGAUACAGCGUCCUGUCUAUGUUGAAACUGAUGCACGAGUUCCUGACUUCUCUUCUGUACAACAGAGCAUUUCUCCUUCUGAAAGUAUUCCUGAAGAGGCUGAUUUCCUUCUAGGCAUGGCCACAAUUGAUGGAUAUGCUUCUUUCCGACAUGUUCAAGAGGGUACUUGGUAUAUUCAGGCCUUGUGCAGCAAGCUACAGUCAUUGGUACCAAGGGGUGAAGAUAUUUUGUCCAUCCUUACGGAAGUUAAUGAAGAUGUUAGCAAGCGUGUUGACCGUUGUGGGACAAGGAAGCAGAUGCCGCAGCCAGCAUAUACCUUAAGAAGAAAACUUAUAUUCCCAAUACCUAGAGACCCUCCUCCUUCACAGUGACAUUGAGACUUUUUUAAUACAUCCUUUUGUCAGUACGUCUCUCUAAAUGCAAUUCACAACACUUUUUUAAAGUUGUUACUGACUCCUCAGGAACUGUUGGUGUCAAGGCAAGGCCUCUCUCUUUUUUUUUUUUUUUUUUCUUCCAGAGAAACUUUGAAGCUGAGUUGGAAGAGAUGCAGUUAACACAAUCAGUGUGCCAGCUAUUUACAUCAUCUGUAUAUUCAGAAUUUUCAGGGAUGGGAGAAGCAAGUUUCUAUGAUGUUAAGCAUUUUUAUCUAAAUGAGGAUGUUAACAGUCUGGUUUAGACUCAUCAAAUUUUAUUUUGCAUACUAAUAAUGCUUAAACCUACUUCUAAAACCAUAAGCUGUGUUCAUGGAGAAAGGCAAAGGUAGGAAUGAAGAAGAGAAAGUUCAAGUAGAAGGUGGAGGAGAAUUUUUUCUUUCAUUCCUAACUUAGAUCACUUAUAAUUACUGAAAAUCACUUGGUUUUUUUUUUUUUUGCUGUACACACUGAUACCCUCUAGUAGCUAUUAUCAACUCGCAUACAGGAUGUUUCCAAGACUCAGUAUAGACGAAAUGCUACAGUAUUCCCUCUGUGAAACCUUGUUAACCCUCAUUUCCACAGGCAAGUUAGCGUGGAACAGCUGAGCACUACGAAAUGAUAAUAUUCAGCAUUGUAUCUGCAUACAUUGAUCAGUCUGAUUAACUGGAAACAUUAAAUUUUCUGAUUUCUUAUUUUAAGAUAUAAAAUGCAUUCAUAUGGGACAGAAGGCUCUUUAUUAAGCUUCUAGCAGAGUAUGUUUUAGAGUUAACCAAAAUAAGGUGAUGUUAUUUUGUUAGAGAUGUUUACUAUGUGUAUCUGUGUCCUUCCUGUUUGUUGCUGAGUUUAAUUUAUACUUCUUUUUAAGAACAUGGGAGUGGGGGAAGAAAGUAGUAAUAAAAAUUUUGUACAGGG